CGCGCGCGUGUGUCAAACUCGAACUCAUUACUGGUCUUCCUCCUCCUUACCAUCCACCACCACCACCUCUUCGCUGUCGCCGCACUCUGUCAUGUCCUCGUCGUCGUCGACGACCACGCAGUACAUGUGCGACACCAUCCCACCAGCUCGCAUUGUGUCAGAGUCGACAUCUCGCACCUCGUCUCCCCCGCCACAAUCCGCUCCUUCGCUCAUGCCCUUCAACGCAUCUGUCAUCGACAACUCGUCGCUCCAGCUUGUAACCAAGCCGGAUGUAACGCAGGCUGCUUCUUCCCAGCCUCCAUCGCCGGAACAGUCUCCUGCGCGAAAGCUUUGCGUGAGGCACCAGCGAAUGGCGGACGAGGGGACCAAUCUUAAGCUACAGCAGGCACUCGACGCUCUACCGGUUGAGGAAAGAGAAGCCGUCAACGCAGUCUGGUCCAAUUUCUCCUCCUCGUCACAUCCUCGGCGUUCCCUGAUCCUUCAGGGCCUGCUCACGAUGUGCUGCUUCUCGCAACUGUCACUCCUGUCCGAGCAGCUUGCGCAGCUCAUUCGCCUUGACCCUUUCGCGGUCCUCCCACGGGAAGUCGCUCUCAAGAUCCUCGGAUAUCUCGACGCAACAUCGCUUUGUCGCGCGGCUCAGGUCAAUAGGCCGUGGAAAACCCUCGCAGACGACGAUAUCCUCUGGAGAGGGAUUUGCGAGCAACACAUUGGGCAGAAGUGUCUCAAGUGCGGUUGGGGGCUGCCUAUCUUGGAAAAACGUCGUCUUGUUCGUACGUCCUCAACGGCGCCGUCACCAUGUUCCCCGCCUCCUUUACACGAUACCACCGUAGCUCAGCCGAAGCGCCCAUACCAGCCCGAUGCGACCUCAAUCGAUUCUUCAACUAAACGUGCGCGCCGUGACGUUGAGACCUUGCCACCACCGUAUUCACCGUCCCCUUCAGCGUCACCAUCACAUCAGCCAGACGAAGCUGUCAAAUCUAUAUCUCGACUGACUCCUCCGCCGCCUCAAGCGCACUCGCCGCCGACUCAUAUGAUUACAAGACCAUGGAAGGAUGUCUAUUGCGAGCGCCUGCGUAUCGAGCGCAAUUGGCGGCGCGGUCGAUGUACUGUGCGUACCCUGAAGGGUCAUACAGACGGCGUGAUGUGCUUGCAGUUCAACGAGACGCUCUCGCAUCCCGCCUUCCCUGUACUUAUCACCGGCUCGUACGACCGCACGGUGCGUGUGUGGAAUCUCGAGACUGGCACGGAGGUACACUGUCUUACGGGGCACACGAGUGCCGUCCGUGCGCUACAGUUCGACGAGUUCAAGCUCAUCACUGGUAGCUUGGACCAUACGAUGCGCGUGUGGAAUUGGCGGACAGGCCAGUGCCUGCGGAUUCUGGAGGGCCACACGGAGGGUGUGCUUUGCUUGAACUUUGACUCGUGCCUGCUUGCGAGCGGUAGUGUGGACAACACCAUCAAGGUGUGGAACCUCAUCACGGGCGAGUGCUUCACGCUGCGUGGGCAUUCGGACUGGGUCAACUCGGUUCAACUGUGGGAUGCCAGCGGGAGCGGCACUACCAGCUCGUCCGUGUUCGACUGCAACCCCGUCGAAUCGGCCCCGCCAUCUAGUUCAUCGUCUAAGGUCGGCAAUGGAAAGAUGCUAUUCUCUGCCUCAGACGAUGGCACAAUCCGGUUGUGGGAUCUCUCGUUGCGGUCCUGCGUGCGGGUGUUCCACGGCCAUGUCGGGCAGGUUCAAAGUCUCAAGCUCCUAGUAGUCGACGAAGGUUGCGAAGGCGGCGACAGCACACCGGAACCUCAAGAAAUUGCGGCUCCAACGUUGAACAUGAACACGUAUUGGCAUCCAGAUCAUUCGCACGCACUCCCCGCGCCGACAGAGUCCUACAGCGGCUCUCCUAACGCAGCAAAUACAGCCUUGGCCCAUCGUCGCUCUUCUCCUGCACACUCUCCCAACACGUAUGCGGAUGCGACCGCUGUCGACCAGCGCCCGGCUGUCUCGCGCGCAGGUUCGCCCACAAAGCGCCAGAAGCCGGUGCUCAUCUCAGGCAGCUUGGAUAAUACGAUCAAGCUGUGGGAUAUCGAGACGGGGAAGGCAGUUAAAACACUCUUUGGGCACAUUGAGGGCGUGUGGGCCGUUGCGAGCGAUAAACUGCGACUUGUGAGUGGCAGUCAUGAUCGGACAAUCAAGGUGUGGGUACGUGAAGAAGGCCGGUGUAUGGCGACACUUGUCGGCCACAGGGGUGCGGUGACAUGUCUCGCGUUGGGCGAGGAUAAAAUCGUAUCGGGUAGUGAUGACGGUGAUGUUAGGCUUUGGAGCUUCUCAGGGUGAAUGUGGCGUUCGUUUGCUGUUUCCCUUUGGUCAUCUUCUGCAAUUUAUGUAUCACAGCCGUCCGGCUCAAUCACUCCAUACGCAAUGUCGAACUGAAAUAGCAUACUACGCCGGGAGGAAUCAAACAAAUAUUAUAAUAUCAUUUCGCAG